AAGAAACCUGUUGUUAGCAUUCUCUGUUCGUAAAUAAUAUUUUUUUGUGAAAUUUGUACAAAUAAUAUAGUUUCCAAACAUACUAAAGAGAAUGUUUACAACCUCAGUUUUUGCACUCUGUGCAGUGCUCACCAUCAGUUGCGUUUCCGCUCAAAAUACUAAUACUAUGCCUACACCUUAUAACCUACAAUCAUACGACUCGGACCGAGCGAUGCAGAAUUUCUCCGGUCAAGAAAGCGGCGCGUUCUAUUCGCAUCCGGGCUUUUACAGCUACCCUCGGCAGCCGUACGUCGCCGGAACGAGAAAGCGAUUUAUUAUCACUCUACCCACUUAUUGUCGAGCCCAGCUAUCCCUGGACAUGACCAACACCUACACGUUUAACAUUCGUGAUUACGACUUUGGGGUGAUGUUCGAUGGGAAACUGGCCACGAAUAUUGGAACGACGAUGUGUGACCAAAAAAGUUAUAUGAAUCUCCAGCAAAAGGGUACCAACUACCAAUCGGUGACCACUUCCGACAAAUCAGCAACUCGAACCUUUUUAAGCAGCACCAAUGUGGCGGUGUUUGACUUCUGCGCUGACCCUUACAACCUGGAUAACGAUCCCACACGCAGACUGGGAUUCGCCAUCAGCUGGAACUGUAUACGCACUCCGACGAACCCCAAUCCAACAACCACGACAACCACCACGACCCCACAACCAACAGUUACUAAUCCUGCAGUCGCUAACUGUGGUGUUCCCAUCAACUCAAACAACCGACCAAGUACCGCGUUCCAGACUGAGGCGUCGACUCGCAUUGUCGGCGGUGUGCCGGCCGCAUCCAACUCCUGGCCGUGGGCAGUUGGUCUGAUUAACACGCAGUAUGGAGGACAGUUUUGCGACGCCACUGUGUUAAAUAGCCAGUGGGUUGUUACCGCCGCGCACUGCGUUAAUACUAGUACGGAAGCAAAGUUCCAGCAAAACGUGAAGGUUUAUUACGGCAGCCAGAAUUUGCUGAACAGCCAGCAAGCCAGCGUCGCCCGCGUCAUUUGCCAUCCGAACUACAAUACGGGAAACCAACCAUUCAGCAAUGAUGUUGCACUGAUUAAGUUAACUGCGCCUAUUCCGAAUUUCCCUAAUUCCAUGGUAUCACCAAUUUGUCUGCCAAGCCAGGCAAUCGGAACUUUCCAAGCACAGUCGUAUAACAGAACCACAGGUCGUCCGUUUGCAUAUGUGGCUGGCUGGGGAACGAUUCAGUCCGGACAACAAAACAGUGAUGCAGCAAUUGGAUCCGGUAGUGAUCAGCUCCGGCAGACCAAUAUCGACAUAUUUAGCAGCACUGACUGUCAUAAAGCAUACGAUUACGGGAACACACGGUUCCCGGACACUGCGAUUUGCGGUGGCAUAACUGAAGGUGGACGGGACUCUUGCCAAGGAGAUUCUGGGGGACCCCUCGUGAUGGCUGUACCACCAACUUACAACAGUUACGCGCUGUACGGGAUUGUAUCGUUCGGUGCCGGAUGUGCCCAGGCCGGUCUACCAGGAGCGUACACCGAUGUCUUCCAAUUGAAAAAAUGGAUAACGGACUCAAUGGCAGAUCCCCGCAAUCAGUGAAAAUUUUGGAAACUAUUCCAGAAGUUAAUGCACAGAGACGGUUCAACAGACCUGCCGGUGUAAUGUAAACUGUUUCUUCACAAGAUUACGCCGGUAACUGACCAUGAGUACAACGCCGGUGCUUCGACAGUGUGUCGUUCGAAAUACGUUGUUGUGGUUUAGCGUGUCUUGCCGCACUAGAUCAAAUUUUCUCAGAUUAAUUUAUUAACAUUGUUACACAUGCGCAUUUUCCUGGUGUAUGAAAAAUGGGAAAAAGUAAAUACCAUUGAUGCAAAUAAUCGGUAAGGAAGCGAACUGCCAAGUUUUUUAAGUGCCACGUGCGGCAACGGCAUAAUAUUAAUUUU